GAAGCCAUGUUUCAUUAAGCUGUGGGUUUGCAAAGUUCUGACGUUCCAAAGAAGUCUUUGAGAGAUGUGUGCAAACGCUGACUUUUUUCAGAGAUACUUCUCAAUAAAUACUAGACAGUAAAAAAUAUUUGUUCACCUACAGGAAGAGAAUGGCAAUGUAGUGAUGGCUCCUCCGCUCCAUCUGGAGAGUUGUGUGUUUUCACCAACCAGUGCGGAAGCAGCAGUGAUGAGAGACAAGGUUCCUCUGAAAAAUGUGAUUUUGAAACUGACUUCUGCAAACUUCUUCAUGAAGUGAGUUUACAUCCCGGAUGGAUUAGAAGAAAUGGCAACUCUGGUGUGGGACCACCAUAUUCUGACCACAAUGGGAAUGACACUACUUAUUUCCUUUCAUUAUCCUCUGAGAUGAGAUUGUCUUCUGCAACGUUAAGGUCCAAAGUUUUGCUUCCAACUGAUGAAGAACACGUUUGCCAGAUCACAUUUCAGUAUUGGAUCAGUCAGAAUGGAGUAUUGAUUGUGGGGCUUCAAAAGCACUCUGAAGAUGCUAUUGAAAACAUCUGGGGUGAUUCAGGAGAACCGCAAAACCAGUGGAAAAGCAAAAACCAUCACAGUCAAUAGCACUGAAAAUUUUGAGGUUAUCUUCCGUGGGAUGGUGGAGAACCAGAGACAAAAUGUAACAGUUGCUAUUGAUGAUGUUUCUUUCAGUGAAGGAUGUUCUCUAGCAUCUGCACUACAGACUUCCAACUUUGAGCUUGGCAUGUGUGAGUGGAAUUCCGAUCAGCCAGUUGUGCCAGCUUUGUGGGCACAACUGCAAUCUGGGCACAAGAUUGCUUCCUGUUCCUCUGUGAAAUAUCACAGCAAUGACACUAAAGGCCAUUUGGUGUGUCUAGAAGCUAAUGACAAUGUGUUAUACAGAAAUGCUUAUCUAAACAGCUCCAUGUGUCAUUGCUCCAGCAAGAGCUGCCAUUUUCAAUUUCAGUACUCCAUGGCAGAUAACAGCGUUCUCAAGGCAGUGCUGUAUACCAAUCAGGAGGAGUAUGUCUUGUGGGAAAACAACAUCACGACUAACAAAGAAUGGGCCAAAGCGUAUAUACGGGUACCAACAGGGCUAGAAAAAUUAAAGCUGACACUUAAGGGAACAAUCCAGAGCAGGACAGGCUUCAUCUGUUUAAAUAACAUCCAGUUUUUGGAGAUCGCACGCUCAGAGUCUUCAGCUUUCAACUCUGUAGAAGAAUUCGCCUGCACUAAUGGGAAAUCUACUGAGCCUGGAUCGUCCUGUGUCUUUUACCCAGACUGCUCUGACAGCAAUGAUGAGGAUCCAGGAGCUUGCUCUAAUUACACUGUAUGUAAUUUUGACACUGACUUCUGUGGAUGGAAAAUACUGAGCACAAGUGAUACGAAGUGGAACAUAAUGAAAGAAGGGUCUCCCUUUGACAGCAGACUCCCUGAAAGAGAUCAAGCAACUAAGUCUGGACAUGAAACAUUCAUCUACUUCAGCGGAUCAUAUCAAAUGCACACAGAGAUAGCCAUGUCUGAUCUGGGGAGUCCCUUCCUUGUCAAGCUGUCCCCUGGUUAUUCCUGCUGUCAGGUAACUUUUGGACGUUUACCUGCUCCAACCUUUGUAAGCUAUCAGUCACCUGAUGUGUUGAAAUGCUAUUUUUCUUGCUUCUAGUAUUGCUGCAUAAAA